CAUAUGCCGAUUCGUUCCGGUUCACCAAACGCGAUGUGACAACGCGACGGCAGCGGCUUUGGGGAAGAAAAAAAUGAAGCACAAAACAUCAACCGUACUGCAGUUACACGCACCACCAUGCCGGGUUGGGCCACGGUCGGCGGUUGUGUGCGGCGCUGUGGUGUCUCUUGGCGGCGCUUAGGCGUCGGGAGCUUAGUGCCGAUCGCUCGAAUGCUUAGUCUACGUACAACCGGCGCCGCGAUUACACUUGCAAUGGUAUGCUGUGCGAUGCGAUGUUAGUGCUGGAUUGCUCUGUUGUCGAUUAUCUACGCGCUGUAACGCCGGAUAACGGUUCGAUUAAUCCGCAAGCCCGCUGAACGUUAGUGAACCGUAUUUGUUGUGCUCGUUAGCCUGUGGUCUGGUUUUAUUUGUUAUUACAUAGUUCGGCGGUGGUGGUGCUUUGGCGAGAGCAAAUAACAACCCGAACCAAACACAUUACUCAAUCCAUCAACGUACGGCAUAAACAAACCCUACCACCAUCAACCUCACCGCUCGCAAAGACGCGACGGCCAACGAAAGGAACGCUCCCAGCUAGGACCACCGAGCUCAGUGAUAAAUACAACUAUCUACGGGGAGAUAUAUUUGCAGUUUCUGGUUUUUAGGGCAACGACCAAUCGUUAAAAAAACCCUUUCCGGCCACUGCGUCGGGUACGGGGGUUUGCAUACGCACCGGGCAGGCGCACUACAUGGUAGUGCCGUAACGUGCCGCACGCGGAAAGCCUAGCAACCCACACACACACUCAGAACAGGUCCUGCCACAGCUGGCCCAGCAUCCCAGUCAUUCCGGGACCACCAUGUCGUCACCGGAUCGGCCCGACGUCACCGAGAACGGUGGCACGGACACGCAGCCGGCCGUCCCACGUCUGUCGCUGACGGUCAGCGAGCACGCGGUCACCCCCGGUGCCAUCGAGAUACUGAAGGUUAUCAGGCCAGAUUGGCACAGCGACAGCAUACGGUUUAAGCUCUUUACCGAUGGUAUCACUAAUAAGCUGGUCGGCUGCUUCUAUGAACCGCCUCCCAGCCCAGGCGGGUCCGUAACCGACGAAGACGUCGUACUGAUCCGCGUGUACGGCAACAAGACGGAAAUGCUCAUCGACCGACGCACGGAGACGGAAAACAUCCAGCUGCUUCAUCGGUACGGUUACGCACCCGCACUGUACGCCACGUUCACCAACGGGCUCGCCUACGAGUACGUGCCGGGAGUGACGUUAACGACAAGCACCUGUCGGCACGAGCGCAUCUGGCCGCUGGUCGCUCGCCGGAUGGCCCAGAUGCACAAGGUUUCCGAACAAUCCGGAACGGGAGCAAAUCCGGUCGCACCGGCGCUGCCCGCAAAGACUGAGCAAUUCCUACAACUCAUCCCGAGCACAUUCAGCGAUCCAAUCAAAAAUGAACGCGUAUGGAAGGUGUUUCCACGAAUCGACGAACUCCGGGCGGAGUUUGAAGAUCUGUAUCGGAGGCUACUAGAAACGAACAGUCCGAUCGUGUUUUGCCACAACGAUCUGCUUCUUGGCAAUGUGAUCUACGAUGAGGAACGGGAGCGUGUCACGUUCAUCGAUUAUGAGUACGCCGCUCCGAACCAUCAGGCAUUCGAUAUCGGCAACCAUUUCACAGAAUUUGCGGGCAUCGACGACAUCGACUACGGGCGCUAUCCGGACCGCGCUUUCCAGCUCCGUUGGCUCGGCGAGUACAUCCGCGAGUACCGUGGCAUCGGUUCUGCACCGACGGAAGGCGACGUGCAGCGGUUGUACGUGCAGGUCAACCAGUACGCACUCGCCUCACACUUCCACUGGGCAGUUUGGGCCCUCAUACAGGCAGAACACUCUACCAUCGAUUUUGAUUUUGUGCAAUUUGGAACUACACGUUUCCUCGAGUACCGUGCAAAAAGGGAUGAAUUCCUGGGAUUGCGUUACACCGAUUAAAGAUACAGCCCAUCUGAGCUGCCCGCCCUGGAAGGAAUCGCUCAUGUUAGCUAGUUUUAUUGUGAAUGACAUGGCCAUCUAGGCCGGCUAGGCAGCAAAGCAAAGACUUACAGGAAAUACGAGAGUUACACCGCAAACUCGCAACGAAAGCAAUCAGAUCGGAGAACCGAAGCACCAUGAUGUAUUUGCUAAUGUGAUGCGCUACCGAUGCGCUAAUUGGCAAUCUGUUUUAACGUAAAUACUACACUACACACUUGUUAUAUUCCCCCAACGUUUUGCGUGGCAUUUAGUUUUCUCGCAUGGGUUGUUGCUCUGCUUUUAAUGUUUUUGUUUUGUUUGUUAGUUGAUGGGGAUACACAAGGUAAAUAUGUUUCAUGUAAAUACAUAGUCUAUGAAAACUUGUACGUUCCCAACGACCGACACGUCUCGAUGAUGCGGAAAAAUACAUAUUUUACAAUUCAGGUCGUGCAUUCCAAAAAAAUCCGCCACCGUUUCUAACAGCAAAGCUACGAAAUUGGAGGACCAAAAUGCAAUACAGAUAUUUUGUUUGAUAUGUACAAAUAGCACAAUAAAAAGUUGCAAUGAUAUUCUGCUAUAA